AUGUCUACUAUCAAGUUCCAACUCAUAUCCGACCUCCACCUCGAGACUCCAAAAGCGAGUCCAACAUACGAGGAUUUCGAAAUUCAGCCACAAUGCAAAUAUCUAGCCCUUCUUGGCGAUAUUGGGAAUAUAGAGGACCCACGGCUCUUCACAUUUCUCGAAGACCAAUUGAGACAAUUCGAAAUCGUCUUCUAUCUGCUAGGCAACCAUGAACCAUUCCGCAUGACCAUGCCUCAAACCAAAACGGUAGUUCGUGACUUUCAACAGCGAGCUGAUAAACUCCAUUUCGCCCCAGGAUCACUCCCCGGUCGAUUUGUGUUCCUAGACCAGACGAGAUUUGAUCUUACAGAUUCGACAACUGCCCUAGGCUGUACCCUUUUCUCUGAGAUCUCUAGUGAGCAGCGACAAUCCGUAUCCAUCUUUUGCGCCGAUUUCUUAGAGAUAGAAGACUGGAUCAUCGAUUUUCAUAAUGCAGCUCAUCAAUCUGAUCUCUCUUGGCUCAACUCCCAAGUCGAGGAAAUAUCACGAACCGAGCCGCAUCGAAAGAUCGUAGUCUUCACUCAUCACAGUCCAACGAUGCUUGAAGCGGCGAAUAACCCGAGACAUCUAGAAGAUGCUAAAGAAGUGCGGUCGGCAUUUGUCACUAACCUGUCGAAUCAGGCUUGCUGGAAAAGUGAGAAUUGUGAUUUCGUAGAUCCGAAAAUGAAGCGGAGGAUUGUGACGAAUCAGAAGGGGUAUCGGAGAAGUGAAUUGGAUACUUUUGACGUACUGAAAGUUGUGACAGUCUAG